AUGACUGGACGCGGAAAGGGUGGCAAGGGUCUCGGAAAGGGUGGUGCUAAGCGUCAUCGCAAGAUUUUGAGAGACAACAUCCAAGGCAUAACUAAGCCAGCUAUCAGACGUCUCGCCCGUCGUGGUGGUGUCAAGCGUAUCUCGGCUAUGAUCUACGAGGAAACCCGUGGUGUUCUGAAGACCUUCUUGGAGGGUGUCAUCCGCGACGCAGUCACCUACACUGAGCACGCCAAGAGAAAGACGGUUACAUCCCUCGACGUUGUUUACGCACUCAAGCGCCAAGGACGUACUCUCUACGGUUUCGGUGGUUAA